GGGUGUGGAUAAGGGUCAUAGUGUGUUCCAGCAGCGUGUCUGCAGGUUCCUCUCUCAGACCUCCCUCAGAGCCAUCACCCAUUGGCUGCCGCAGCUCAGGAGCCUAUUAGACCAACAGGCCUAUCCCCCAACCGUCCACAUACCUGCCUCCUGCCUGGACAGCUUUAUCUCUGUCAACUCAGACAAAAUGGCUGUGAAGAGGACCUUCGGUCUGAACCCAGGCUUCUACUGGCAGACUGUMGAGACUCAGGAACUCAGCUGUCAGAGGCCUGAGACCAUGUGCACUCAGCAGCUACACACAGAGAUAGCUGUUGCUCUGGGAUACACGUCUUUGUUCCUGCAUCCCCUGGUGGUUCACCACACCCUCCAGCUUCUCCACAACUCAGGCCUGGAUGUGUGUGGCCUCCGCCUCCUUUACCCUCCUCCUGGCCUUCUGACCAACAGCACCGGCAUGGUAUCCUACGGGCAGGGAGAUGAUGGGGCCGAUCAGCCCGUCCUUGCCCUGGCUGUCCGAGGGCCUCACGCUCGCACCGUGUGGCAGGAUGUAACAGGCCCUUCAGACCCCCUGCUGGCUAGGAAGACAGACCCGGCAUCCAUCAACGCCCUGCACUACAGCAGCAAGAACUUGCCCCUCCUCUACUCCCCUCGCCUGGCCAGCAGUGUGCACAGGGAACUGGUCACGUGGUUCGCAGGGAGAGUUCCAGGAAAUAAUUCCCAGAACCCUGACCAGGCUCCAACUGACAGCUCUGCCCCUGGUGAUGGAGAGGGAAGCAGCCCCUUGUAUUUAACCAGGUCCUCUACCACCCUGUGUGCUACUGUUAAAGUGGACGUGUUCUUGAUAGUGUCUCCAGCGGUGGCACCAUGCUGCUACAGCCAGGUUCUGUCUGUGUGUGAGGGCAGAGGGUUCAGUCUGAGGGGGGUCCAGAGGCUGCAGCUCCCCACCAAACGAACCCAGGCACUGGGACUCACCAGUCAGCAGGUGUCAGUGUUCUGCAGUCCGCCCACUGUUACUGUGGAUGAGAAGGUCGAGCUGUCUUCCCACUGCCUGGUCUUACUUCUGAGGAGAGAGAGUGGCCUGCGUCACUGUGCCAGCCUGCCUGCAGCCCUUGUGAAAGAGUUGGAGAAGCAGAGGUUGUUGGGAUGUAUCCACAUCAGACUGUCAGAUGAAGGAAAGCUGGACCCGAGCAGCUGCUUUCACAUGUUGCCCUACAGAGAGAGCCUGCUCCAUAGCUUUGGUGGGCGAAUGUGGGCCGUACCCAACCCCUGCAAUGUGGUGCUGUCCAAUCACAGGUGUCCAUCCAACCCAGAGCUGGAGCAGGUGGUGGUGCUUACUCUGGCUGGAAGGGACAUCAGUCAGGGCCUGAGCCUGCUACACAAGCUCUGGACAAGGGACACAACAGGCGAUGUCGGGGAGGAUGGAUUCGAGCUGCUGGCCCUGAAGUGGCUGCCCACAUUGUCCCGGCAGCAGGCGCGGGAGGUGAGCCCCUAUGAGGUAGGAGACCGGCUGUGGCAGAGCAGCCUGGUGGGCCUGGCCUCCUCCCCUGCCCUGGUGUGUGCCCUGAGGAGGGUGGACGCCUUCGCCACCCUACGGCGGCUCCUGCCACGGGACUACCCCGGGAACCUGAACAUACUGUUGUCUCCCACUCCUGAAUUGGCCUUCAGACAAGCAUCUCUCUUCUUCUCCCUGGGAGACAUGAUCCCUGAUCACAGUGUGCGCCCAUUACUGAAGUUCCUACCCCCACCACGCAUUAAUGUAGCUGGUUCCCAGUGUGAGUCAUUGUUAAACUGCAUGGUGCAGGGCCCCCAGCCACUGGUCACACUGUGUCUGUUCAAGCCUGGAGUGUGGAGCCAUGCUCUGGGGAAAAUCCUCAGCAAAGUCCAGCGGAGUGGCUUCACUGUGGUGGGCCUGCAUGUGCUGGUUCUGGACAAUAGCACAGCUGUGUCACUGGUGUCUACUGCAGAGCAUCAGGACCCCUCUGCUGUAGAAGCCCAUGUCCAGUACUUGAGCUCUGGGCCUUCCCUGGCUCUGUGCCUGCAGAGGGAGAACGCUGUGAAGAGGCUACUGGACGUGCUGGGACCUGAGGACCCUGCCCAGGCCCGCGCUCAGGACCAAUUCCUCUGGAGGGCCUAUUACAGCUCGGACCAGCUACACAGCGGCAUCUAUGGAUCGAGAAGCUAUCAGAGAGCUGUUCAGGAUGUGAAGAGGCUGUUCCCUCAGGGCCUAUGCUGCACAGAGACCAACACCAUGAGACAGGAGCAGAUACCCAGUGUACACUCAGACCAUUUGGCUUGUCUGGCCCGUGAACAGAGCCACACUCUUGCUGCUGCGAACAAGCCAUCUUUAUCACACCUUAUGGCUUCUGGACUGAAUGGAGGUGAGGUCUAGUUUUGAAUGUUUUAGCCUAGCUGAAUCUUUGUUGUUGAAUCGCUUAUUUACUACUUUUAUGUGUG